AUACCCCACAAACGAAACCCUUAGACGGGGAGUCGAGGGCGGGCCGUUAAAACCCUAGAACCGAAGCCGCCGCAGGGGACCAAGGAGAGGAGGAGGACCUUUAGCCAUGGGUAUCGAUCUCAAAGCCGGCGGCAGAAGCAAGAAGGCCAGGCGCACCGCGCCCAAGUCCGACGAUGUCUACCUCAAGCUCCUUGUCAAGCUGUAUAGGUUUCUAGUGCGGAGGACGGGGAGCAGGUUCAAUGCGGUGAUCCUCAGGCGCCUGUUUAUGAGUAAGGUCAACAAGCCCCCCCUUUCCCUCAAAAGGCUCGUCACCUUCAUGCAAGGAAAGGAGGAUAAGAUCGCAGUUAUUGUUGGCACAGUGACUGAUGAUAAGAGAGUUUAUGAGGUUCCAGCAAUGAAGGUGACGGCUUUAAGGUUCACGGAGACGGCUAGGGCAAGGAUCGUCAAGGCCGGGGGUGAAUGCUUGACCUUUGAUCAGCUUGCCCUCCGAGCUCCACUUGGACAGAACACGGUUCUCCUCAGGGGUCCAAAGAAUGCUAGGGAAGCUGUGAAGCACUUUGGUAAGGCUCCUGGAGUUCCACACAGCCAUACCAAGCCUUACGUCCGAUCCAAGGGGAGAAAAUUUGAGAAGGCAAGAGGAAGAAGGAACAGCAGGGGAUUUAGGGUUUAAGUUGGUUUAUCUUGUUUUCAUCCCAAAGGAAGAACAAAUGUUGAUGUUUUUAGCAGUGAGGAUUGUUGACAUGCAAAUUUUUGGUGUGUUUCAGUUUUCAGUAGAAUUUUAUCAGGUCUGGCAUGUAAUUUUCUCUUUAAAAUGCGGAUCACCAUCAUAUGCAUUAAGAAACUUUAAUUUGGAUUGGGAUAUGCGUUUCCACCUAAUGCUAGAAAAUGUUUUGUUA